AAAUGUCUGUAAGUUAUGAUUUCACCGGAAAGGUAGUACUGAUUACCGGUUCGAGUUCGGGUAUUGGCGAAGGCAUUGCCUUAUUGUUUGCCAAAUCGGGUGCCAAUGUUGUAAUUACCGGACGUAACGGCGAUCGUGUGACCAAAGUGGCCAAACAAUGUAAAGAUGUAUCACCGAAACAGUUGCCAGCACUGGAAGUUGUCGGCGAUUUGACUAACGAUGAGGACUGCAAUCGACUGAUUGAGACAACUGUCCAAACCUAUGGCAAAAUUGAUAUAUUGGUCAACAAUGCAGGAAUCGAUAAGUUAGCCAAUAUUACCGAUGAUGGCUAUUAUGAAAACUUUCAAACUAUUAUUCAAACAAAUCUCUAUUCAGUGGUAUAUCUAACACAUAAAUGUGUCCCAUAUUUGGCUAAAACUGGGGGCAAUAUUAUCAAUAUAUCGGAUAUUGGAUCCGAAAUAAUGUUUAGCGACAGUUCCGCGUACUGUAUGUCCAAAGCAGGACUGGAUAUGUUUACCAAAUGUAUGGCCGCAGAGUUGGGACCCAAACAUCAUAUCAGAGUUAAUUCAGUCAAGCUAACUGUGCUUCAGCUUAUCAUAUGUCCAAAGCAGCACUGGAUAUGUUUACCAAAUGUAUGGCCGCAGAGUUGGGACCCAAACGUAUUAGAGUUAAUUCAGUCAAUCCAGCAAUUGUUAAUUCAAAUUUUGUCACUAAUUUCGGUGCACCGAAAUCGGUUGCCGACCAACUGUAUUCGGCAGCGGCUGCCAAAUACCCGGUCGGUAGGGCUGGCCGGCCUGAAGAUAUUGCCCAUAGUGUUGCCUAUUUGGCCAGUGAUACGGCGGCCGGGUUUCUGACCGGUAGUAUUGUUUUGGCCGACGGCAGAC